AUGUGUCCUCAGUUAAUGGGUGCAAUGUAUAAAGUUUGUUAUGGCAAAGGAGAAGAAAAGGAGAAAGGUUGUGAUGAAACUUUUGAAGUCCUAAAAUAUCUUGACAAUGAACUUCAAAACAAGAAAUUCUUUGGAGGAGACAACAUUGGAUUCGUCGACAUCGUUGCCAGUUACAUAGCUAUCUGGUUUGGAGCAAUUCAAGAAUCAAUAGGGCUGGAACUAUUGACUGAACAAAAAUUUCCCAAGUUAAACAAAUGGAUUGAUGAGUUUUGGAGUUGUAGAAUUGUCCUGGAAAAUCUCCCUACUAGAGAAGUAUUACUGCCUUUAUACAAAGCUCAAUUUGAAGCAGCAACUCAAAAGGCAUCCAACUGA